AGCACUUGAUCUUGAUGACUCGGCCCAAUUAGACCCAUUAGGAGGCCCAUGGGCCUUAUCAGUUCGUAAUCGGGAAGCCCAUGGGCUUGCACUUUCGGUUUUCCAAAAAGAAAAGAAAAGAAAAAGAAGGAAAUCAGAUUUUCCUUCAAUUUCACGCUGGCAGAACCACCCCCCCAACUCUCCUCACCGCCGCCCGCCAUCCUCACGUCGUUCGCCCAAUCACCGGCCGCCACGUCCGCGCCGUCGACCGCCGUUCCCAUAGCCGUCGCCGAUAAGUUUAGGUCAUUGGGAAUUCGAUUGUUGUUACAUGAUCUUUGUGGGUCCUUGGUUCUGUCCUUGUCCUUCUUGGAGCUCAUUGAUCUAUAAUUCAAGGACCCAUCAGCUCAUUUGAACUUUUUAUAAGCGCUGCAAUACAGGUGAUCUAAGGGGAGGAACAAUUACAAAGCUCUUUAGAGCAAGAGCUCCAAAGGAUGCACCAAAAGAAAACUGACAUUGUUCCAUAAUUUGUAAAAAUCCCUAAAAAUAUUGCAAGGAAGUGAUUCAAACAGGGGGGUUUUAAGAAAAAAAAUCAGUGCUGGGAAUGACAGUAUUAAAACGCUAUGUGCUGCGACUAUUCAUAUCUUUGAAGUACAUAACAGCUAAUGUGGUAGAUAGAAACAAUGGACGGAUUGUUGCAACUGCGUCCACAGUUGAACACUCCAUCAAGGGCUCACUUGAAUGUGGCCGGUCUUGUAACGCUAAGGCUGCAGCAGUUGUUGGAGAGGUGUUGGCUAUGCGACUCAAAGUUGAUGGUCUCGAACAGGGGCAAGGAAGAGGGAUUCAUGCAGACGUAAACAAGGAAAUUGAGAAGAAAGGCUUCAAAAACCGAACAAAGAUCUGGGCUAUAGUGAACGCACUGAAAAAUAACGGCGUUAAACUCAUACUCGACAACAAUGUUGAUGAUGCAUCUCGGUCCAGUUAUCAAUAAGCAUCCCCGGCAAUCUUUUCGGCCUUCCCUGGAAAAAAAGGGGGUGAGACUAGAGCUCGACCAGUCAUCAUGAAAGACUAGAUUUUGCUUAAUUGAAGGAACUAUCUUUAUUAGUUACAAUCAGAUUAAACGUCAGUCACUCAUGAUAUUUGGAAGUCCAUGAAGUAGAGAACUUUUUACCUCCACUUCUAAAAUGAUGGCAUAGUGAUAGUGAUACCACCACCCACUUGGGCUAAUGAUGAUGUUAUCACAGUGAAAUGGCCUUAUAUGAUUAUUACACUCUACACUUUUUUUCUCCUCUUGUCUUCCUUGUUUUACGUUGUUUUCUCCUUUCUCUUUUACUGGUUUCAGAGUUGUAUAGGAGAUUAGCUCUGGGCCAAGAGGUUGAUUUCUUCCAUCUGGCUGUCUCUUUCUUGCUCGUGACCUCUGAUAUAUCACUGUUGCGUGGAAGAAUUGUAGAAUAAAAGAUGAUUAUAAAGUCUUUUCAGGUUAAA